AUGGGCUCCUCCAAGCAGCAGCUGUCGUCCAAGCACGCGCUGCCCUUUAAGACGAACAACAAGUACAAGCGCCAGGACUUCCACCUGAAGCAGAAAAAGGCCCGCGACAGCAUCAAGCGCGACGAGCGGUUCCGCCGCAAGCGCGAGGAGGAAAAGAACCCCGAGGCCAAGGCGGAGCGGCUGGCGCGCAAUGUGCCCGCCACCAUUGACAAGAAGCGCACGUGGGACGCGGUGGGCUCGGAUGACGAGGACAUACUGAACAUGGCGGUGGAUGUGGAGAGGCUGAAGCGGCAGAGGCUGGCUGCGGAGGAGGCGGCGAAGAAGGAGGAAGAGGAGGCGGCGGAGGAGGAGGGGAGUGAGGACGACGACGAGGACCGCGACAGCAUGUUGGACGAGGACGAGGACGACCACGACAGCAUGCUCGACGACGAGUCGGACGCCGGCUCCGACGACGAGGACGCGGACACCAAGGCGCAGGCACGGAAACAGGCGGCAAAGAAGAAGAAGGCAGCAGACGGCGACGCGCCUCGGCGAGACCAACGCGCCUCCAGCCCCUCGGGCUCGACAAUGAGCACGAACCUGAAGCUGACGCCCGACUCUUUGGCCGAGAAAUUCCCUUCGCUAUUCACCGCGCCCACGCUGCCGCCCAAAGUCCUCGUCACGACCAACAUCAACAGCACGCUGCACAAGGAAGCCGAGCUCGUGUGCGGCCUCUUCCCCAACAGCACGUACGUGCGGCGCAGCGCGCACCGCUUCGGCCACAAGUUCAGCAUCAAGGAAAUCUCCAAAUUCGCCGCCAACCGCGAGUACACGACCGUCGUUGUGCUGAACGAGGACCAGAAGCGGCCGAGCGGCCUCGACGUCGUCCAUUUGCCUGACGGCCCCAUGUUCCACUUCAGCAUCAGCAACUGGGUCGAGGGCGCCAAGCUGCCCGGCCAUGGCAACCCCACCAACCACUACCCCGAGCUAAUCCUCAAUAACUUCCGCACGCCGCUGGGUCUGCUGACGGCGCAUCUGUUCCGCACGAUUUUCCCGCCCCAGCCAGAGCUGCAGGGCCGGCAGGUCGUCACGCUGCACAACCAGCGCGACUACAUCUUCGUGCGCCGCCACCGCUACGUCUUCCGCGACAAGCGCGCGACGGAAAAGAGCGUCGUGGGCACCGACGGCAAGCCCAUUGCCGGCGUCGAGGACAUCAAGGCCGGCCUGCAGGAGCUGGGGCCGCGCUUCACGCUCAAGCUGCGCAGGAUCGAUAAGGGCAUCCAGCGCGCUAGUGGGCAGGAGUGGCAGUGGAAGGCGGGCAGUGAGAAGGUGCGGACGCGGUUUGCGCUGUAG